AUGCCGCGAAAACGUCCGCUGGAUGACCUCAGCGGCCCCGGACCGCGGCGCAGACGCGAGCAGGCACGAAAAGCAAAGAUGUGCAAGGCUGCAGGGAUGUUUAUCAGAAGCACGCUCGAAAAAGGCAUCGAGGGCUUGAGAGAAGAAUUCAACCGGAACCCUCGCAUUUACGAUACGGCCAAGUGCACGGUGAGCGGCCGCAAUCCGACGUUGAACAGAUACAAGGAUAUCGGUUGCCACGAUCACAACCGCGUGCACGUUGUCGGCGCCAACCCCGACGAGUACAUCCACGCGAACUACGUGGGCACCGAGAAGAACCCGAAGCGCUUCAUCUGCACUCAGGGGCCGAUGGAGACGACGAGCGCCGACUUCUGGAUGAUGGUCAUCCAGCAGAAUGUUGAGUCGAUCCUGAUGCUGUGCGAGUUCGAGGAGCAGAACAGGCCAAGGUGCGCCAAGUACUACCCGGACCAGAAGGAACAACAUAUGUCCUUCCGAACAAGUGAUCAGGCCCUGAUUGGCGUCGGCGUCGUGAAUUCAGAAGGUCCAGCUUUGCAGGAGUUCUCAUGCACAAGUGGGGAGCCGGAAGUAGUGGUUCAUGUCCGCAAGUUGAAGGUGUACGACGCCAACUCCCAGUUGGACGUCGAACACUACCAUUGGCGCUUCUGGCCGGACCGCGGCGCUCCUUCUCUCAUCUCCCGCUUCCCGAUUGAACUUCUCGACAAGAUGUCUAAACAAGCAGAUUGGCAUACGCCUCCGAUCGUUGUCCACUGCUCGGCUGGCGUUGGGCGCAUCGGUCCGCUCGUGCUGAUGCAAGGCAUUCUCGAGCUGGUUAGGCUCGGCAAGGAUUUCAAGGUCGAGGACCUGCUAAAGAAGAUGAGGCAGAGUCGCGCGGGCCUGGUCCAGACGGCGCACCAGUACUACUACGUCCACGCGGUGCUCUUGGCAUAUUUUAUGGAGAAGAGGGAGCCCUACAUCUGGAAAUUCGAAGACCUUCGUCCGGAUUUCAACAAGUUCAUGGCGGACUACACGAAGGAGGUCGCCAAGGUCGACAACAACAAGUCCACGAUGUCGUACCUGCCGAGCGUUGCCAUGAAGAAAGCCACC